CUGUGCAGUAUGUGCAAGCCCGUUAUCGGAUGGAGGGAAAGCAGCUCUACGUCUGAUGUGACUAGUGGUAGCGUACUCUCUGCUGAGCAGCAUGUGGUCUCCGAAGACACUCACAACAUGUUGACGGGAUUCUUCACGGUGCAUAAUACUGUUGCAGGACAAUCAUCUCCAACACAGAGGCAACAGCGCAGCUUUUACAUGAGAUUGACAGGGAUGUAGGCGACAACAGCAUUAAUAUAAUCACAUUACAUAGCAAUUAAACAUGAUAUGAAAUACAACAAAUAGAAGACCGAGAGCUACAAACAGGACUGUUACUGCGCUGUUCUCCAUCACCAUCAUCAUGGAGCCAGUUUGCACAAUGGGAACACAUCAUGGCUGUGACGGUUACUACUACCCCUGACGCUUGAGAAGUCACCACCAUGGAGACGGACAGCUACACCCCGACCCCAGCCCCGAGCGACUGGGCUGGGACGGUGGUAAGUGUGGGGGCCCUGGAGGAGGUCUCGGGGGAAAGUGUCUCCUCCAGCACAGCCUGGUACAUGCCCUACCCCCUGGGCUUCCAGGUGUCACUGACCGCCUUCCUCAUGCUAGAGCUGGUGCUAGGCUUCAGCAGCAACUUGACCGUGCUGGUGCUCUACUGCUCUCAGUCCAACCUGGUCGACUCAGUCAGCAACAUGGUCACGGUCAACCUGCAUGUGCUGGACGUGAUGUUGUGCAUGCUGUGUCUGCCUCUGACCCUGGUGGUGGUGCUUCUGCCCCCAGGGCCCAACCUGGCCCUGCUCUGCUGCUUCCACGAGGCCUGUGUCACCUUCGCCUCCAUCGGCACCGCCAUCAAUGUGCUGGUCAUCAGCGUGGACCGCUAUGACAUCUCUGUCCGACCCGCCAACCGGUUGCUCACCCCGCAGAGGGCGGGGCUACUGCUGGCUGCCGUCUGGGCCACGUCUCUGGCCGUCUUCUUCAUCCCCUUUCUGGAGGUGGAGUUUCUCACCGGAGGGGCAGAGAGUAGACAGCACAGCUCCACCUCCUCCCCCGACACCCCCCUGGCACUAGUGUGGCGUAACCGGACGCUGCUUUGUGUGGGUGGACAGGGCUACCACACAGGCCUGGCCAUGUACUACCACCUGCUGCUGCAGGUGCCCAUCUUCUUUAUCACAGUGGCAGUCAUGCUGUUCACAUACUCACGGAUCCUGCGGGCCUUGAACAUUCGCAUCGGCUCCCAUAUUAAAAAGAGCCAGCGCUUCAGGGCACCCUCCUGCAGGGGGCGACGUAAAAGACAGAAGCAGAAGGCAGGCCUGGGAGUGAUAGAAGGAGGAGAGCGUUGUACAGACACAACCAAGCACCUAUCUCACCCUCCACUCAUCCCAUCCCCCACAGCCACCUCCCCCCCAGCCCUGUCCUCAGCCCCUGUGGUUAGCUCAGAAGGCGCUGCUGCUACUGCUGCCCCUGCACCUGCUGCCCCUGUCACCAGUCCCACUGUUCAGGCAUCUGUGUCGGCCAUCAUUGCCUUGCGGCGGGCCGUGAGGCGUCACCGGGACCGGCGGGAGCGCCAGCGGCGCGUCUUCAGGAUGUCACUCCUCAUCGUCUCCACAUUCCUAGGUUGCUGGGCUCCUCUGUCCGUGGCCAACGUGUUGAUCCUGGGCCUGGGCCCCAGUGACACCCUGGUCAGCCUGCGCCUCUGGUUCCUGGCCCUGGCCUAUGGCACCACCAUCUCCCACCCACUGCUCUAUGCCUUCACCAGGCAGAAGCUGCGGCUUGCCCUCAGAGCCAAGGUGAAGAAGAGGGUGGUGUCACUACUGCAGGUGGACCCCUCGCCAGGAGAGACCGUCACACACAACUCCUGGGUGGAGCCAAGGAAGGGACGACAGUUACAGCUGGAGGGCAGCGAAACCAUUGACCGUUGCCUGGUAGAGCCCCUGAAGAAUAGCACACACUAUCUGCACCCCCCCCCCCAGGUGCAGGACCGGUAUAUCACUGAAUGCAAACACUAA